GUGAUCGAAAUGGCGUCGUCUUCUCCAACUCAGCGUACUCACGUCCCGAUCCCUCCCGACCCAGGAGGAGGAAGGUCACAGACACAGGAUGCUAAUGAGCAGCCACCUGUUCCUAUUCACAUAGUGACAGAGCCUUUGCAACUCCCCCCUGAUUUCUUAAACCCUUCUUCUGAAAAGAAGCUGGUCAUUGGUUUUGACUGCGAAGGUGUUGACCUCUGCCGUCAUGGCAAGCUUUGCAUCAUGCAGAUUGCUUUCCCUAAUGCAAUAUACUUAGUUGAUGUAAUCCAAGGUGGAGAGGUGCUUAUGAAAGCAUGUAAGCCUGCACUCGAGUCUACUUACAUCACAAAAGUUAUUCACGAUUGCAAACGUGACAGUGAGGCCUUGUAUUUUCAGUUUGGGAUAAGGUUGCACAAUGUUGUGGACACUCAAAUUGCUUUUUCUCUGAUAGAAGAACAAGAAGGCAGGAGGAGACCUCUAGAUGAUUACAUUUCCUUUGUUUCCCUUCUUGCUGAUCCACGCUACUGCGGAAUAUCGUAUGAAGAGAAAGAAGAAGUUCGUGUGCUCAUGCGGCAGGACCCAAAGUUCUGGACAUACAGGCCAAUGACUGAGCUCAUGAUCCGUGCAGCCGCAGAUGAUGUCCGCUUCCUUCUCUAUCUCUAUCACAAAAUGAUGGGAAAACUGAGCCAGAGGUCACUAUGGCAUCUGGCAGUACGUGGUUCCUUGUACUGUAGGUGUCUUUGCUGCAUGAACGAUACUGAUUUUGCUGGUUGGCCAACUAUCCCUCCCAUUCCAGAUAACUUGAAGAUCGGGGAUCAAUGUCCCGAAGAAGAAAUAUUAUCAGUGCUUGAUGUUCCACCAGGAAAGAUGGGACGUGUGAUUGGAAGGAAGGGAGCAUCAAUCCUCGCCAUUAAGGAAGCUUGCAAUGCGGAAAUUCUAAUUGGAGGGGCAAAGGGUCCACCUGACAAGAUAUUUGUGAUUGGACCGGUGAAGGAGGUGCGUAAGGCGGAGGCGAUACUGAGAGGAAGGAUGAUAGACUAUUGAAGGGAGAUGAAAAAUUGAAUUGUGAUAAAAACACUUGAAACCCUUUUUAAAACUUGGAACUCAAUGGUUCGGGUACUGAGUAACAACCUGAGAGAAUCCCCUUCUCCAAUAAAAGUUCCUUCUAUUACUGGAAAGUGUCACUUUUUCCCUUUCUAGACCGUCUUAGCACAAAGCAAAUUAUCGAAACUGAAUCAAAUCUAAG